UUUAUAUGGAUUAGUCGCUUUAUGCAAAAAAAAAAAAAUCAUCACAUUUUAAAAUGUUAUAAAUAAACCCACGAUUUCAUAUAUUUAUUUUCUUACUUUCAAUCCCCUUUUUUUUAAAAAAAAAAUAAAAGAAUUUACAAAAAAUGGGUAAAAAUAUCGUCGUAUUAUGUGAUGGUACUUGGAAUAGUCCAAUGGCCAGAACAAACGUUUAUGUAUUAUAUAGAGAAUUGCUUGAGCGAGACUAUAAACAACAUGUCAAGUAUAUAGACGGAGUUGGAGUUGGAGAAUUUGGUUUGCAAUUUAUCUUAGAUGGAGCUAUGGCUCUAAAUCUUGAUACUAAAAUCAAAGAGGGUUAUAAAUUUAUAGUUGAACACUAUAAUCCUGAUGAUGAUAUAUGGCUUUUUGGUUUUAGUCGUGGUGCUUAUACCGCAAGAUGUAUUGCUGGAAUGAUCCGAAAUUGUGGAAUAUUAAAGAUUGACCGUGAUGACACCUCUGAACAAAUUGAUAAACGGGUUGAUUUUGCUUAUGAGAUUUAUCGUGAUAGAGGUCAGACUUAUCAUCCGGAAGGAACCGGCUCCGAAAACUUUAGAAAAACGUUUAGUUAUCCAGAUUCUAAAAAAAAAAUUAUUAAAUUUCUUGGACUUUGGGAUACUGUUGGUGCUCAUGGUCUACCUGGUUUUACGGUUGAUAAAGGUUUUGAAUAUUUAGAAUUUCAUGAUGAAACUGUAUCUGGUAUAGUUAAUUUUGCUUGUCAAGCUUUAGCCAUUCAUGAAAGAGUUUCUUUCUUUGAACCUAGUCGUAUUUAUCCAAACAGUUCCGAUACCGUAACUGUCAAAGAAACUUGGUUUCCUGGUGUACAUAUGGAAGUAGGUGGUGGAACUUUUUUAACAUUAGGAGGAAAUGAAAGAAUCCCUAAAGCAACUAUGUUAUGGAUGAUAGAAUAUAUUGUACAAGUUGGAGAUUUAUUAAUGCGUGAUGAUAUUGAAACUUAUCGUACUCGUUUCUCUCCAGAUAUUGGUCCCUCUUGGAACAUCAGGAAUUUCAUAUUUGAUCGUAGUAAUUCCCUUAUUCCAACGCUUAUGCUUAGGGAUAGAGAUAUUCCACUAGAAUUAGAUCCUAGUAAAAAAUUUUUAAGAAAAGAUUUGCUUUAUAGAGAUGGUGAUUGGUUGCUUCCAUUUGGUACUAGAUCUCAUUUACUUAUUCAAUAUGCUUCAAAUACGUAUGAAAAGUUACGUAAAGAUAUUGAAAAGGAAGGAAUUAGAUUAUAUAACAAUGUAAUAUAUGAUAAAGAUGAAGACGAAAAAGUAUUCGAAAUGGCUCAUUUAUAAUCACUAAAGAUUAUUGUCUAAUACAUGUAUCUCUGAAUCUUAUAUCCAAAAAUUCCAUUUUGAUAUCUUAUAUUCAAUAAAAAUAAUAAAAUUCCAUUAAAAUAUAGAUGAUUGUCUAUUGAUUUUAACCUCUUUUUAAUUAAUUAAUCUUCCAUGAUAACAUAAAAAAUCUCGUCAGGUCAAAAGAGUAAAAAUAAAAGAGCGACCAACCCAAAUUAAAAAAAAAAUCGCACAUAUCAUCUCAUUAAACACUAUAUGAUAUUACGUUUGCUUUUAUUAUAAUACAGUAUAUUGAUAUUAAACUAUUUCGUUG